UCACGUGUUUUAUGGGCGCCGCCAUGUUCCUGCAGUGCUACGAGAACGAGCGCGGGGAGCGCGUGUACACAUUAAAGAAGGUCUCCCCCAGCGGGGUCCCCACCCGCUCCGCCCACCCCGCCCGAUUCUCCCCCGAUGACAAAUUCUCCCGGCACCGAUUGGCCCUGAAACGCAGAUUUGGGAUCCUCCCCACCCAGAAGGGACAGGUCCUGGUCUGAGAGACCCAAAAUCGACGGAAAAUGACCCAAAAAUGGCUGAAAAUGACCCAAAAAUGGAUGAAAAUGACCCAAAAAUGACUGAAAAUGACCCAAAAAUGACCCAAAAUCGACAGAAAAUGAAAAAAAAUCCAUUGAAAAUGAGCCUAAAAGACUGAAAAUGACAAAAAAACCCAAAAAAUGGCUUAAAAUGACCCAAAAUUGAUGGAAAAUGACUCCAAAAUGGCUGAAAAUAGACGGAAAAGGACCCAAAAAUGACCCAAAAAUGACUGAAAAAACCUCGGAAGGGAUCCGGAUUGGAGAGACCCAAAAAUGGGAGAAAAUGACCCAAAAAUGA